AUGGGGCUGCUUGACAAACUGUCAGGCUGGCUUGGCCUAAGGAAGAAAGAAGUCAACGUUUUGUGCUUGGGUCUGGACAACAGCGGCAAAACGACAAUCAUCAACCAGCUCAAACCAUCUAAUACAGCGGCUCAAGAAAUAGUCCCAACAAUUGGCUUCAACAUUGAAAAGUUCAAGAGUUCAAGCCUGUCCUUCACAGUCUUUGACAUGUCAGGCCAAAGCAGAUACAGAAGUCUAUGGGAGCAUUAUUACAAAGAAAGCAACGCAAUCAUAUUCGUCAUUGACAGCAGCGACAAACUGAGAAUGGUUGUGGCAAAGGAGGAGCUCGAUACUUUCCUCAGCCAUGAAGAUAUCUGCAACAAAAAGAUCCCGGUACUCUUCUUCGCCAACAAGACAGACCUGCGGGACGCUCUGUCUUCGGUCAAGGUCUCGCAAAUGUUGUGUUUGGAGAACAUCAAAGACAAACCCUGGCACAUCUGCGCCAGCAAUGCUAUCAAAGGAGAAGGUCUGCAGGAAGGGCUGGACUGGCUGCAAGAUCAAAUUGCACAAACAACAUAGAGAAUGUUAAUGAACAAACUGGAUCCUGGAAAACAAUAAACAAACCCAACAGCUACACCAA